AUCACAGGCAAUUAGUAGUCAUGUAUAACUGAUGUGCAUUAUAGGAAGACAAACACCCAAAAUGAUUGAAUUAAUUUCCAUUAGUUCUAGCAGGCCACAGUUAAGACAAGUUUACAUAUACAAUUAGGUAAUCAUUUCUGAAUUAAAAGUAUAAUAUGUAAUUGUACCUCAGAAAAGCUAAUGGUCACCCCACCACAUGUAUCUGACAAUUAUGUUUAUUAGAUUCUCUGAAAGGAACAUCUUACUGUUCCUCCUCCUGUGGCUUUGAUUCGUCGGAACCUCAGAGAUCUCUCAAGCAAUGAGUUCUCCCUUGUUGCAUCUAAUCUAGCUACCAGGGGUUCAUUCUCGUCACUAGAGGAUAAUACUAUAGGGACUCUGCUCUACACUGAGCUCUUGGCUGGAUAAUGUGUGUCCUCUAUCCACAAGACCUGUUUGUACGAAAUCCUGUCACCUUUGACUCACUGACAGUUUUCGUAAAGUAUGUAAGGAACUUAUAGCUGCUCAGAGAAAAUGGCGUAAAUCCAGAUAGGCCAGUGAUCUUGAUAACUUAGUCUCUGUUAUCUGCUUUUUCUUCCGCAGUUACAGCUGCUAAAAAGACAUUCUACAAGGAAAAGAUUGACAAUUCUACAGACAAUAGUGAAGAAUAUUGGUGUUUUUCAUAUACCUAGUAGUUGCAAUUCAUGUGAUAGCAAUAGCAAAUUAACAUUAAAUCAAAUAUUAGAGGUGACCGGCAUAAGAAAGUAAAGACUUCAAGAUCAAUCAAAACAUGAAUUGUACUCUAUGUAGGCUAAUUGUUAUCGGAAAGGCAACCAAUAACCAUUCGGGUUGUUGCAAUGAUUUGUAUCUACAUUAACACAGGGCUUCAUUUAAUUUAAUUUACAAUCAUCAUUAUUUAUUUAUUUUGUCUAUUAUGUCAAAUGCUAGUCUAACAUCACAAUUGCCGAGAUCUCCAUUUCAAUCCCAAAACUAGGCAAUGUGGCAUUAAAUGAAUUCCAACCUAGAUAGACUACAGUAAAAAAGCUAUUAUAGUGCAAAAUAAUUGCACACCAACAAGCAUUAGCCUACUCGUAUAAGCCGACUUUUUAACAGCAUGUUAAGAAGGAAAGCUUCAAUUAUUUAAAACAUUCUUAAGUAAGGAGAUUUCUCCAUUAAUAAAUCCUGCUCAUAAAGUAUUUUGCUUUGUCAUUUAAUGUUGUUUAUCUAUUUUGGAACGAUUUCCGGGGCGAGAGCUGGAGGGCCGAGGAACAAGGACAGAAGAAGCAUGCUAAUAGCAGUUUGGGAUUUAGCCCUCUUUCUUUCGCGUUUUUAUCAGAGAGAAUGGCUAGGACGCAACGAAAGGAAGGAAUGGAGGAUUGACAUAUAAAGGAAAUAAUAUUUACCCCAGGUCACCCUACUCCCGUCCCAUGCAAAAAAAAACCUCAAAACCACGGCCUCUAAUGGUCUGACUUGCGGACAAAGCAUUCAGAACGCUCUUGAGAGCGUCUGGUUUCUAUGGGAACGAACAGGGAAAUGGCGAAUAAUUUAAUAAUAAGGGCUCUACGUGGAAAUGCGAAAUCUUUUAGUCUAAGUUCGAAGAAAAUAGCAAGUUUACCUAAAUCAAUUGCACGCUUAAAAUUCAUUUUGGCACUGCAUUUAAACAACAAUUUCCUUUCAGAGUUGCCAACAGAACUGCAGGCACUACAACAGUUGACAGAGCUAAACUUGGGAAAUAACAUUCUUCUGGAGAUUCCAGUGGUUCUGAAGCACCUGCCUGCGUUAAGAAAGCUCUACCUGUUCGGAAACAAGAUCGAAAGUUUGCCGCCAGAUAUACUAGAUGAACUACCGAACCUUACACUUCUCAAUGUGAAUCACAAUCAAAUCAAAGCCAUACCUCCACAGAUAAAAAGCCUUGUGAACCUGGAGGUUUUCAGUAUAGUGGAUAACCAGCUGGAGGUUGUCCCUGCUGAACUGGGUUGUCUUGUAAGGCUAACAGAAUUAAAUCUGACCAACAACAAAGUAUCUUCCUUACCACCACAGAUGUGCAGACUGUCCAGUUUGAGGAAACUGUACUUGGCCAGAAACAACUUAUGUGAACUGCCAGAGGGCAUUAGUGGCUGCACAAGUCUGAAAGUUCUGGAUGUUGCAGGAAACCCCUUGUCCCUGUUUCCUACUGACUUUGGCUCCCUUGUUCUAGAGGAGCUGUUCUGUGAGGGCAAUAAUUUUGUCCGUGCAGAGCUGAAGCAGUCUGUUCAGGAGGUGGAGGUUUUGUCAUUAAAUGAGCUGGCCGCACGGGUGGUGCUGAUGGAGGACAGGAACAAGUUGUCGAGGGUUCACCAGGCGCUGCCCAACUACCCUGAGCUGGUCAGCAUGCUGUCUCAGUGGGGCAGGUGUGCUCUCUGCCGCAGGCCCUUCCUCACCACCUGGCUGGAAUGUGUCAAGUUCAUCAACCUCAACAAAGACAUGGGCAUGAAGAGGAGGCUGACUGUGCCAGUUCGAGCUGUUCUGUGUUCCUACUCCUGUUUCAACGCGGAAGGCCAUUCAUACUAUGGAGUCGCUUCAACCUCAUAAAAUCUAUUAAAAUCCACUUUGAUGGGUUCAGAUAAGGGUCAGACUGUUGUAGUCUUUGCCUCUGGUAAUGUUAUAGCUUGUCUGGUAGUGUGGGCCCUUUCAGGUCAGCAUUCUUAGGAUGUGUAAUCCACUUUCAUGCUUGGGACAUACUUGUUGUUGUCCACUAGAUGGCAGCAUUAGAUCACUGACUUAGGGGUAUAAACUCAAACGAACACGAUGCUCUUGUAAUAUGUUAUCGUGCAAUGUGGAUACUAAACUCAAAAUGGUUCCUCAUUUAAGUAACACUUCUUUCCUAUAAAUAUUUCAUGACAUUCUAGAAAUUACAUUUUCUAAAAAGCAUCGCAACCCGACUUGUCUUUAAGUAUUUUUCCCAGAAAAAAAACAACAAUAAAAACCUUUUAUCACGCCAGAACAAAACACCAUAUGUUACCUGUCUGUCAGUUUGUAAGAUUACAUACCAGCCCUCUCCAUCUUAAAUGAGUCC